AUGAAGUUUGAUGAACCCGUUCGUACGGCGUCCGUGCAGUUCGUAAUAAUAAACGAUUUAAGAAUAUUUUAGUAAAACUUUUUUUUGUUCGUUUGUUGUUUGUUAUUAGUUUUUUUUUUUUUUUUAUUUUGGGUUUUAGCCACCGUCUAAAACACAAUUAGUCGCAAUAGCAGUCAUUUGUCCCCGAAAGUUUGGCAUCGCUUACCUGGAUGGUAACACGAAAAGCGGUCGUAAAUCAGAAAUACAGACUGAAUAUCGGAAAUCACGUCGAUAGAUGGACAUUUGUUGAAACUAGAUUCGACCAGUAGUUAAUCAAAGACAAUGCCUGCGUGUCCUCCGUCUCACUAUAGUACCGAACAACAGGUAUUAAAGGAUCGAGAUCAAGUGCACACCAAUAACAACUCCGAAACCACCGAGCAAAAACUAAAACACGCUGCAGCACAAACGCCUAACAGAUCGACCGACAUUAAGACCCAACAAAUAGAGAUGAACGAAAUAGUAACAACAAACCGUAGUUCAACAGUAGAUUUCUCGACUGAUCAUACCGAUACGAAUGGUGCUGAAAUGGGAUUAGUAAAUAAUCAAAACGACAAAGAACUCCCGGCGGACGACGACAGUUUAUUACCGAACCAAACUGUUAUAGCCAAUGAGGUGAUAGGAAAUAUAGACGAUGAUACACCAAGAGCGUUCAACAUAUACAGAAAUAAAAAGUUAUUAUCUCAUGGUAUGAUGGACGUUGCACUGUUUUCUGCAAAUGCAAAUCAAUUAAGAUAUGUAUUAGAAAAUAGUGAUGGUAGCGCUCUUUUCGUCAUUUGCAUUGUGCUUUUGUUGAUUAGCAUAUUUUUACAGAUUUUAGUUGGUGUAGCGCUUUUACUGAGUGCUCGGUAUAAUGUGACUAAUUGUGACCAACGAAGAAUGGCAUUUAAAUUGGGAAACUACGUCAUUGUUGGUAUAUUCCUCAUAACGGUUGUCAACAUUUUUAUAACGUCAUUUGGAGGACCAGCAGUAAUUUCACCUGCAGUAGUGUUGUCAACUUCUGUGACUGUGACUGAGUAUCCAGAUGUAUUAUUAUAGAUCAUGGCUAUAGAUUCUAUCUCCGUUAAAUAUUAAAAUUAAUCGUAUUUUAAAUUGUUAUCGAUAAACAAACUAAACCCGCGAAUUUAUAGCUUUUUAAGACUAAAGUUUAGACUAAUAAAAGAAGAGUACCUAAUUAGAUAAAGGAUAUAAAAAAAAAAAAAA